AGUAACAGAUCGCUACCAUUCACAGAAAUGUCAGAAGGAGCUCCUCCAUCAUUUCCCUGCUUCGAUCAACUGCUGAAACUCUACCUUAAACUUCAUUUGGAGUUGAAUUGAUCUGGCUUUUGAACUUAUUUCUUCAUGGAACAGGAGCUGUUAGGAUUACCUAGUUGAUUUCGAGGACCAGUUCCUGCAUUUGCUGGCAAUUUUUCUUAGGGUUAUUUGAUUAUUGACGUUUACUCCUCCCGAGAUCUGCAACUCAAGAUUUGGUAUUAUUUGACGAGGAACAGUAUGAUUCUAUUAGAUCGUGGAGACGGGUAAAACCUGAUUUUCAUGGAGGGAAUUGGGGGCGAUGCUGCCUCAACCGUGGCGCCUCUGGCCAAAUGGAGAAAUGACUUAUCGAAGGCUUUUCAGUAUUAUUUGGAUAGAUCUACUCCUCUUCCAGUCCAAAGGUGGCUGGGAACUCUUGCUGUCGCUGCCAUUUAUGUUUUGCGUGUUUAUUUUGUUCAAGGGUUUUACAUUGUCUCCUACGGCCUGGGGAUAUAUAUUUUGAAUCUCUUGAUCGGGUUUCUUUCGCCAAAGGUUGAUCCGGAGCUGGAAGGUUUGGAUGGGGCUUCAUUGCCUACAAAAGGUUCUGAUGAAUUCAAGCCGUUCAUUCGCCGCCUCCCUGAGUUCAAGUUCUGGUAUUCUAUCACAAAGGCCUUCUUGAUAGCCUUUGGUAUGACUUUCUUCUCAAUGUUCGAUGUCCCGGUCUUUUGGCCUAUCUUGCUGUGCUACUGGGUGGUUCUAUUUGUUCUCACGAUGAAGCGACAAAUUCUACACAUGAUCAAGUAUAAAUAUGUUCCAAUCAGCCUGGGCAAACAGAAGUACAGUGGAAAGAAGCCUUCUCCAAGUGGUAGUGGUUUACCCAGGGACUGAAGUUUGUUGAAUCCAUAAACAUGAAUGGGCAACAAGAAGUAAGAUUUAUGGACCAUGUGAAAUUUCUUGGUUUUAGAUGAUCCCAAUAGAAAUUAGAACAUAUAUUUCAUUUCAUUAUGCGUGUUUAGUGUCAAAGUUCUCCUAUGCCGUUGGCUUUAUUUGUGGCCAGCAAAAAUUGUGUUGAAACUUUCUGUGCAUACAUAUAUGUUGGAAGAUUUUUUGUUUCCUGUUGCCACAUUCAAAUGACAGUCAAUGUAUUUUGUAUGACUUAAAAGU